AUGGCGUCAGUUCGCUCUUUGGGCGUCCACGAACCCUCGGCCAUCUCCUACUUAGUCGCAGAGGGAAUUCUCCCUCAGGAACCUUCAGAAGACCAUUACAACUGGACGCUAUGCGUGGACGAAAGCGGAUUGACUGGCCCGGUGGACGAUGAGUUAGUAUGGACGAAACACUGUGUUGUAUGGUCCCGCGCAGGGAUGGUGAAGCGAGUAUUUCGAAUGGACCCCGAGAAAGAAGAGAUUCGACAUGCUUUAUUCACUCGUUUUGCCGCUGAAGACACGAAACGCGCCAAACCCACGCCUCCAAGUCGACCUGAAGCAACUACUGGCACGCAGAAACAAAAACGGACUGAAACCUUCUCAACAUUGGAUCUACAUGGAGAUGCACGAGUGGCGGUUGUAGCUCCCCAGCACUCCAACGAGGCUCUUUCUAGAGCGUUGGUGGUAGUUCUCAAAUCGCAAGCUCAUAUCUUCUUCGUGGCGGGCAAUAGCCAUACAAUUCCCCUCCCAUUUGAGGUUGACUCGGUCUUCGCUACGCCUCGGGGUCUUAUUUUCCAAAGAAAGGUCCAGGAUGAAAAUAGUAGCAGUCAGCAACCGACUGCGCCGCCUAAUUCCUUCAUGUCUUCGCUAUUUGAUCCCGGUGCCUCUCAGUCAUUCUCUCUCAGCAAAAACAAGCGUCCAUCGACGAAAUCGUCGUCUGCUCCAGGUCCUUCCUGGGUGCCAAAUACAGCCUCAAGCACCGACUUACCCCGAGUUUUCUCUCUCAUUAACCCUCAUUCCGAGAUGGGUUUGGUUGUGACGUCGCAAACUUCCCGCUGGCUUCAGAGCAGCAUCAAUAGCACCAGAAAAAGGCCGUCUAGACUAGAGGUGUUGGACCCUGUGGAUGAGAUUGUGUAUAUCUCUCCAAAAGACGAACUCUCGGGCAUCAACAGACCAAAUAGUGGUCCUUUGAUCCUAGUGGUUACCAUCAACACAACUACAGGUAUUUAUACGAUCUGGACUGCGCGCUACAAAGAUGAUGAAUCAGGCGGCUCGAUGAAAGAUAAAACCAGACGGGAAACAGGAGGUACCCGGUCAGUAAGGCGAAGCUCGCAUUUCGGGAUGGCGACUGGCGCGACAACACCAGCCGCUCGCUCUGGAGCAGGCCGAGAGAGCUUCGGGCCUCGGACUGACAACUGGCCUUCCACUCAGCUAUCUGAAGGGAGGAAUGAUGCUGAAGACGACUUGGCUUCGAGAGUAGCCCAAGACUUCGGAGAUGUCGGUGUUCCCCUUAAAACAUCGAGGCGAGUCAGCUCACUGCUCGCCCGAACAGACCUUGCAACUAGCCAGGACCGUAUCACUUUUUCGGACCUGGCUACUGGCAGUCAGUCCAGCAACAUGCCUCAUGGUGCUGGGUUCAGGCAAUCUCUCGGAGCAAGCAUGCGUGGAAGCUUUGGUUUCAAUCCUCGAGGCUCUCUACCUCCAGGCACAGGGUCUGUUUACAGCACUGCGGGCAGCUUUCUGGAUACUCCAGUGGACAAGCUACUCGAAGAGCUCAACAAUGACAGUCUAUCUUCCGGGGUUGACAACAUUGCCCUACGUGAAUCGACAUCCGGACUCCCGGAAGAACUUAUAUUGACCAAGGUUGAAAGUUUCUCGUCCCAAUUCUCGGGCAGCUUCCAAAAAGAGCCAGCAUCUCGCCGGUUGAAGAUCUCUACAUUGGCAUCCACCGAGUUUGGAAGCGCCCACAAAGGCAACACAACUUCCCUAGCUGUAUACAUCGUGGACCAGGAGGCACGGAAAUUAACUAUUGUGAAUCUGAGGGCCGACCGACAGCCAGCCCCCAAGAACCGGAAGAAAAAGUCCAAGACCCCAUUACUCGUGCGUGCGGUUAGGAUCCAAAAUGUCUCAAAUGUUUUGGAUGCUUGUAGAAUCUCUGAUGGGGAUCUUUCGCGAAUACUCUCACUAAGCGAAACAGAAAGCGGACAACGCGAGCUAUCAUUGCAAACCCUGUGGGGUAGUCCAGUCAAAGUUGAGGUUCCUGUUCCACUGCAGCUGUAUGAACCGGAUGGCAUCUCUGCCAACAAACUCGAGAGUCGCCCAAGAGAAAGUGGUGUCCACCGAGUCAUGGCAGAUCCCAGCCUCGUCUUCAACAAGUUUGAUCAUGGAUGCUCCCGCGGGAAAGUCGACCUGGUAGACACUGAUAAAAAGCAUCACAGACUCCAAAUUCGAAUGGAGCCUCGCAAUGAACUAGUGAAGAAAAUACUCAAAAUCUGCAUGUUUGCCUUGCGUGAGUCUGAGAAAGCGGGCGAUGGCAUCACGGUCGCAUGUCGUCUUGUUGAGUCUAGCAGCCCCAUUCGUCACCCCUCCACAAACGCAGACUCCCAAACGAACGCGUCGCAAAAGGGUCUACUCAGAUCAAGUAGUGGAGGACACCUGGAUCUGGAAAGCUGGGAGUCCAUGCUGGACCUGGAGUCUGGCUCAUCCGGCGUUGUAGCUCCGUGGAUGAUGGACAGUUCCUGGGGAUGGAUCGUUGAACAAGAUGCAAUUGAGAGUCUCGCGUCAGGAGACGCACCCAAGGGUGUCAACGCAAGUCGGUCUACAUAUCGCCAGAAUUCGUGCUUGAUCCGGUGCAUCGCCCUCAGCCGUGAAUUCCUCCAGAGUCCCGAAGGCCUCAAGGCUGCUGGCCGAGACGGCUGCCUCCCUGUCUCUGAAGCAUUCUCGGAAAACACAAGAUGUACCGCAUUGUGCAGUGUUCUUGUAGCCUUGCAUCUAUUGCGGGAAGAACAGAAGCUCUCCACCUGCGACUCGGAGGAAUCCCAAAGACCUCUAGGUUUGCUUGCUCCCGUUAUUGCACAACUGGGCAGCUGGCUAGGAUGGGAAUCCUGGACAUGGGCCGAGGAUGCAUAUUAUGGCACCGAAAUGGCCAGUAUGGAGCGCUGGCAGUUUGAGGAUAAUACACAUAUCGCUGGGCUAAAGGUUCCCGCCGAACCUUUCCCGCCUCCGUCCAUCUUCGAAUUUCUCAUGGGAGCUGCUGCUCAUCGGAGUCCCACACCGUUUGUUUCUCUCCUUGAUAUUGUGAAUGCAGCCGAGCGAACUCCCAGAAAAGGGCGAAUGUGGCGUGAAUGUUUCGGUAUCACACCAAGGACGUGUGCGUUGAAUGGAUUCUUCACCGAGGUUCACAGUGUAUCGACACCCUUGGAAAAAAUCAAGCUUUUGCAGCGUUGGGGCUUCACAAAGAGUGUCAUUGAUAGCUUCCCAGAAGGCGUCAGUGCCCCGCUCUAUGAAGCCGUCAUGCAAUGCCAGAUCGAAGCCUCCACGUCCUGGAACGCCACGCUCCUAGAAAUGAUUGACAGAGAAGACCUUUAUAUGUCGAUGAACCCGGCCCAACCCAAUUCAUUGGCAGUGCCGCAGCAGCCCAAUCAUAAUGCCGUUCGGGAUUUCCAUUAUAUCAGCAGCUCAGCAUUGGAUAUUGAUACCAUCAAUGCGUUUGAGGCCUCUGCAGAGGCUGACCGAUACUCAGUCACCAGGCUGAUAUUCCGAGAGGAUAAGCGAUUUAUGGAAGCAGCUAAACUACUAAACCAGUCCAAAGCACCGGUGGCAGAGUGCAUAGCCGAACCUGGCUGGAGUGACUCGGACUUGUUAGAGGCGCAGAAAGAAAUCGUGCAGCUCGUGACAGUCCGGACGUUGUCUACUCCAGCGGGUCGUGCAAUGCUCACUUUUAGUGGCCGAUUGCCUUUGUUGACUGAGAAACUGCCCAUCCCUUCAUUUUCCCUGCAGUGUGUCAUGAAGCCGGACAAUGUGACUGUCAGCGCGGAUAAAUCUGCGUUCUCGGAAGAAAAGGUCUGCUGGGCCUUCUUCCACAACGGAGUCUCAACCGGUCUGGCAAUCUCCAAGGCUUCGAAGGGUAUUGAUACGUCGUGGAUCUUGUUCAACAAGCCACAGGAUCUUACCAACCGUCAUGCCGGGUUCUUGUUGGCUCUGGGUCUGAAUGGCCAUCUUAAAUCGUUGGCUAAGUGGGUAGCUUUUAAGUACCUUACUCCAAAGCAUACCAUGACAUCAAUUGGUCUCCUGCUCGGUCUUUCUGCGUCAUACCUGGGCACAAUGGAUACUCUAAUCACACGCUUGCUUUCGGUACAUGUUACAAGAAUGCUUCCAUUUGGAGCAGCUGAGUUGAACCUGUCACCUUUGACUCAGACUGCUGGAAUUAUGGGCAUCGGUUUACUUUACUGUGGCUCCCAGCAUCGUCGUAUGAGCGAGGUCAUGCUCUCGGAAAUCGAGAACAGUGAGCAGGACGAGCAAGCUGCUGCUACCGGAGAAGAACUCCGCGACGAAGGAUAUCGUCUGGCCGCAGGCUUUGCCCUCGGUUUCAUUAACCUUGGCAAAGGCGAUGACUUGCGGGGCAUGCGCGAUAUGCACAUUGUUGAACGGCUAUUGUCAAUCGCCGUGGGUACCAAGACCGUCGAAAUCGCUCAUGUACUCGACCGCGCCACGGCUGGCGCGACCAUCGCUCUCAUGAUUAUCUUCAUGAAGACAAAUGACUCGGUACUAGCGAAGAAGAUUGACAUUCCUGAUACUACUGUUCGCUUCGACUACGUGAGGCCAGAUAUCUUCCUGUUACGAACACUGGCACGACACUUGAUCAUGUGGGAUAGUAUCAAGCCCACUGCUGAGUGGAUCAGCCAGAGUCUGCCCGAAGUCUACCGGGGACGAUCCCAACUCAGCGAGGUGCGCCGGCUGCGCAGCGAAGAUAUGCCAUUCUUCAACAUUAUUGCAGGCCUCUGCUUUGCCGUCGGUCUCCGCCAUGCUGGAUCGGGACAAGCACAGGCCCGAGAUCUUUUGUUGUUUUAUUUAGACCAGCUUAUCCGCAUCUCACGGCUGCCUGUGCGAAGCUACGAUGCUAGACUCGCCCGCAAUUCGGUUCGGAAUUGUCAAGACUUGGUAGCCCUAUCUGCUGCGGCAGUCAUGGCCGGCACGGGUGAUCUAGCUCUGUUCCGGCGCCUGCGCUCGCUCCAUGGUCGAAUCGACGCUGAUACACCAUAUGGCAGUCACAUGGCGGCACACAUGGCUAUCGGAAUACUCUUCCUCGGAGGAGGCAGCUAUACACUUGGCACAUCCAACCGGGCUGUGACCGCGCUCAUAUGCGCAUUCUACCCUAUCUUCCCAACGACUGUCCUUGAUAACAAAUGCCAUCUCCAAGCCUUCCGCCAUCUCUGGGUUCUCGCGGCUGAACCGCGAUGCCUCAUCCCUCGUGAUCUUGAUUCCCGCCGCCCAAUUUCGAUACCCAUUACCAUCACUUCUCAUGACGAGACAACCCGCACCGUCAGCGCUCCCUGUCUACUGCCAGAUCUUAGUAGCAUCGCCCGUAUCGAGAUUCGCGGACCAGACCACUGGCCGCUCGUUCUAGAUUUCAGCCAGAACGAUGCCCUGCGCGAAAAGUUCCUCCGCGGCGACCCAUCCAUCUAUCUUCGCCGCAAGGCAACCUACAGUCCAAGCUCCUCAACCUCCGUAUUCGCCUCUACCCUGACCGGCCUCAGCGAAGCCCAAGACAUCCUCCCGGCAACCGCUGGCCCCCUCUCGAACCCAGCCAAGGGCCUCCCACCCUCAGCAUGGCCAACCCGCAUGGCCCUACUCACCGGCAAGGCAUCUACAUUGAUAACUCCGUCCCAAAACCCCUGGGACUGGGUCUUCCACCUCCCAUCCCUACAAGACCUCGACAUCCGCGAGCGCUCCCUCGUCCUCCCAUCUUCCUUCCCGAUGCGCUCCGCGCGCAUCACCACCGAUCUUAUCUCCGUACCACCUUGGCUGCGUACCUCGGCUGUAGAUGCGAGACUCGCUCUGUCCCACACCGUGCGCAACAUCGUGCAAUCCGCACGCGGUCGCGGCGCUGAUCCGGACCAAAUUCGUGAUCGGAUCUGGCAGCUUCGUUUGCUAUUUGAUUGGCUGGAUCGUACUCAGCCUGGCGAUGAACGCGACCAUCUUUCGAGUAGAGGGCUGCUAUCUUCGACGCAGGGUCAGCCGUCUGGGCUGUGGUUGCGGAGGGACUUCGUUGAAGAAGCUAAGUGGCAAGUUUGGGGUGUUCAGGUUGGAGAUCUUGAGGGAGAGAGUCAGAUAUAA